AUGACCGUCACAGAGUCCAACGGAGCAGGCGCAAAGUACGCGAACGUCAAUUUGACCCCUGACGCUACGCCUUAUGACUCUGUUCUCUUUCAAGACAUUGUGCGACAGCUCGAAGAAGUCGAGAAUGGCCAGAUUCGCGAAGUUGCGCCCGCAAUAAUUGGCUCUAUGCUUUGCGCUCAGCAUCGAGGGGACUCGCUGCCGAAGCUCUUUCGCGAUGUUACCAAAGACAAGGACGACGAAGAAGUCAAAGCCUUGUUUGCAACCUUCAGAACUGCCCUCACCCUGAUCUGGCCAUUCAUCGGCUUGCCUCAGUGUGUCCCAGCCAGCUUGGGCUUGGUUGGGGAGAUGCGGGAACGUGACAUUUUCAUGACCGACCAGAUGGACAGACCUUUUCUUUCCGAGGCCAACUGGCAUCAAAAGGGGCUGGAGACUAGGAAGACCAUAUAUCGCACCGCGGCGAAUUCAGAAGUCAUGAACAUGAUGGGUGGUUUCUUCCCCGAACUGACAUACAUGACCCACGCGGUCGUCUUUGGGUUCGUGAUCGGGGGUUCUGAGAAGACACAAGGCCUCCCGCUCUGUGAGACCAUCAUUGCCGGUGCAGUGGCCGCGCUGGGGGCUACGAGGCAGACAAAGACUCACUUCAAAGGUGCCAUGGGCUUGGGCAUCUCCGCGGCGGCGAUUCAGGCCGUCUGGCAGGCCGCAGAACAGGUGGCAGAAUGGAACGGCGGCAGACUUCCCGCGCAGAUUGACGUUGCGGUGUUGGCGGAUGAGGUUGGGAUGAGGCUCGAGAGCCGAGGCAGAAUGUAG